AUGAUCCGAACGUCGACGACGUCGAUUCGAGCAUUAUGUGCUUCUCUUAAACAUGUACCACUCUCGCGCACCUACGCAACUGCAUCAGCGACAGCAUCGUCCUCCGCCCCUUCGUCUUCAUCGAAUGCUUCCGCCGAAGCGCCAUCCCUACCUUCAGCAGCACCUCCGGGAACCGUACUCAAAGGCGUGUCCAUCUUCAAGGACAAGGCGGACCCCGUAGCGCUUCAGGACAACGAGUAUCCUCCUUGGCUGUUCAAGCUUCUGGAUGACGCUUCGAUAGCAUCCUCGUCUUCUCUCGCUUCCAUUGAGAUGGCGAACAUGUCGAAAGGUGAAGCACGUGCUGCACAGAAGCGUCAAUCCAAGAUUCUGCGUGCCGCUCAACUGGCAAAGGAAAAAGCGGAAGCAAAAGCCGCCGAACGCGCAGCAAAAGCUGGUAACCCAGCGACAACAACGAGAGCUAGUGCCGAGCAGGAAGUGGCGUUGAGCCCAGAGGCAAAGCGAGCCAACUUGUUAUCCAAAGCGGCGCAGGAAGAACAGGCCAGAAGAAAGGUGCUCAGAAAGGCCAAUAAGGACGCCAUCAAGGCUCGCAACUUUGUCAGCGCUUCCUAG